CUCAAUCAUAAAACGAGUUCGCAUCGACAAAAUCCGACGUGGCGAAACACGAUUGGCUAAAACAACCAAAGGCUGAAGAUGAUUGGUUAGUUUCGCAACGAACACGUUGCAAAGCGUAGAUUCGACUCCAUGAGUCAAGUCUUCGCGGAAUCACUUCCACGCCUGUCACUGUAAAAGCUCCGUCGUAACUGAAGAAGCGAUUCCACAACACAUUCAUACGCCAAACGCGACAUAACACAUUUCGUUUUUCAUCACAAACCCUAAUUCACAUCGAGAUCCGAACGAGUAUAGUAGAGUUUCGGAGAGAUCCGAAUCUUCAAUGGCGCAUCGAAGAGCCAAAUUGCUGUUCCUUCUCUGCGCUCUUUGUUAUGCACUCAAUUCCUUUGCCGCAAAGAGCUAUUACGAUAUACUGCAAGUGUCGAAGAGUGCGGGGGAUGAUCAGAUUAAGAGAGCGUAUAGGAAACUGGCAUUGAAGUAUCAUCCUGAUAAGAAUCCGGGGAAUGAAGAAGCUAAUAAGAAAUUCGCGGAGAUUAACAAUGCAUAUGAAGUGUUGUCCGAUAGCGAGAAGAGAAAUAUUUAUGAUAAGUACGGUGAAGAGGGUUUGAAGCAGCAUGCGGCUGGUGGAGGAAGAGGUGGUGGGAUGAACAUGCAGGAUAUUUUUAACUCUUUCUUUGGUGGGGGAUCAAUGGAGGAAGAAGAGAAAAUUGUGAAAGGUGAUGAUGUUAUUGUUGAUUUGGAUGCAACCCUCGAAGAUUUGUACAUGGGUGGUUCCUUGAAGGUCUGGAGGGAGAAAAAUGUUGUAAAGCCAGCACCUGGGAAAAGACGCUGUAACUGCAGAAAUGAGGUUUAUCACAGGCAAAUUGGGCCUGGAAUGUUUCAACAGAUGACAGAGCAGGUCUGUGACCAAUGUGCUAAUGUGAAAUAUGUAAGGGAGGGAUAUUUCGUCACAGUUGAUAUUGAGAAAGGCAUGCAAGAUGGCCAGGAGGUGCUAUUUUAUGAGGAUGGUGAGCCCAUAAUUGAUGGAGAAUCUGGAGAUUUAAGGUUUCGCGUACGUACCGCACCUCAUGAUCUUUUCAAAAGGGAGGGCAAUGACUUACACACCACUGUCACUAUAACUCUGGUUCAAGCCCUUGUUGGUUUUGAGAAGACACUUAAACACCUUGAUGAACAUCUAGUGGAUAUAAGCGCAAAGGGAAUCACAAAUCCAAAACAAGUGCGGAAGUUCAAAGGAGAGGGUAUGCCAUUGCAUAUGAGCAAUAAGAAAGGAGAUCUUUACGUCACAUUUGAAGUUCUGUUCCCCACCACACUUACAGAGGAACAAAAAACAAGUAUAAAAACAAUUCUUGCUUAGAAUACAUUAAGGAUACGUGCUAUUUCGCUCAUCAUGUCCUCAAUAUAUUAUGAGUAGGAGGUUUUGUUGUAAGUUGCAGCAAACACAUGCCUUGGGCUUCUCGCCAAUAUUUUUUGUUAGUUAACAAAUAGAUACCCCUUGUUUAACUAUUUUUGUUGUUGAUAGUGAUGCGUCGCCUAUGAUCCUUGUCUUUCCAUGUCAGUGCCUUAUUACGGUGCUAUUUUAAUAGGACACUAGCUGAAAGAAAAACAUACAUGUAUUAGUUUCCUUUGCGUUUGCAAUGGGUCAUUUUGUAA